GACCGUUUCUCCUCCCAUCACCCCACGAACCAAUUCCACUCUUUAGCUCCCCGUUUCAUCUCCUUAAUUUUCCCCAAUUCGUAACUGAGGCAAAAAUCAAGGUAGGGCGGCCGCCCGGCCUACCUUGCCGUACUGGGUCCUCCGCCCGUGGCCACAGCCCCACGACCUUGCCAUCCGCCCCACAACAAGGAAGAGGACUGAGCUAUGGAGAGGUCGCCGGUGGCUUCGCCGGAGACGGCUGCCGCCGCCGCAGAGGUGGCGGCGCAGUUCAGAUCGCUAGUGGACGCCGAGGACGUGGGAUCCAUCAAGCAGGCGCAGCACCUCAUACUUGGGAGAUUGCAAGAUAGUAAUGCAGUUCUCACUCAUUUUAAUGAGUACUCUGAACAAUGCUUUGCGGAGGUGUCCAGUGACUUUGCUAGUAAAACUCGCCUUCUGAAGUCGAUGAAGGAUGAUCUUGACCAUAUUUUCAUGAAGCUGAGAAACAUGAAAUCGAGGUUAGUAGCAACUUAUCCGGAUGCUUUCCCUGAUGGUGCGAUGGAAAAGACAAUGGACCAAAGGCCAGAUCUUGAAAGGCCUCUGGAAUAGUUGAUUUAUUAGUAUACCUACAAUUUUCAGUGACGAGAUCUGCAGCAAUUAGUCCUUUAGUUCCUCUUCAGCCCUUCUUGAGAAGUGGAUUUCAAAGUUCUAUCCGCGCCUAUUGUUGCAGAAACUUCACAGCUUGUAGGAACUUUCUCAAACAAAGUUGUAACCUUGUACAUAACUGGGCUUAGUAGAACUUUGUCUUAGCUUCUGUACUGUUAGCUGUAUGGAUUAAGGUUAUGUUUUCCAUAUAUGUUACUACCUCCA